AUGAUAAUUAGUGAUGAAAGUGGAAACUGUAUGACAGCAUCAAGAGUGGAGAUGCAGACGCGUACAGCACUGCUGGCGCUGGCGGCGCUGGGAGCGCUGGCGGCGGCGGCGGCGGCAAUGGCGGCAGAGCGCGGCAGUGGCAUCAAAGUGGGCGGCGGCGCUGCCGGAGGCGGGGCACGUGACGCAGGUCGUGGUGGUGGUGUGCGCAUCGGCGUCGACGGGCUGCGGCGCCCACGCACUUCACCAGCGCCGCCUCCGCCGCGACAACCCUCGUCCAUCACGGCAGCUCUUGUCGUACCACAUAAAGCCUUUGGCACGCGUGAUUACACCAAGGCGGAAAAGGCAGCGUUAUCAAAAUUGCCGCGGAAACUAAAACUAUUCUCGCAUGUGCGCCUAAAUAUUACGCUUUCUACCCAAGGCUUAACGCCUAGUCCUAUGUCUAUCCUGGAUUCGCUAUGUAAAGAAUUUCUAGCAGUAAAUGUAUCUGCUAUCCUUUAUCUUAUGAAUCAUGAACAAUAUGGGCGAUCUACUGCCUCUGCACAGUAUUUUCUACAACUCGCCGGCUAUCUCGGCAUACCGGUUAUUGCGUGGAAUGCAGACAACAGUGGCCUCGAAAAGCGUGCAUCACAUGCAUCCUUGCGGUUACAAUUAGCUCCGUCUAUUGAACAUCAAACGGCCGCUAUGUUGUCAAUAUUAGAACGAUACAAGUGGCAUCAAUUUAGUGUCGUUACUUCAGCGAUUGCGGGCCACGAUGAUUUUAUACAAGCUGUACGUGAAAGAGUUAUUGCCCUCCAAGAUCGAUUUAAAUUUACAAUUUUAAAUGCUAUCGUCGUUAAACGUUCUGCGGAUUUGAACGAGCUGGUGACAAGUGAAGCACGCGUCAUGUUGCUGUAUGCAACACGUGAAGAAGCAGCCGAAAUUUUAUCAGCCGCUGGUGACUUGCACCUUACUGGCGAGAAUUUCGUCUGGAUUGUGACACAAAGCGUCCUCGGGUCGUUGCAGCAACCGAAUAAAUUUCCAGUUGGCAUGCUUGGUGUACAUUUCGACACAUCGAGUUCAUCGCUGAUCGCUGAAAUAGCCACAGCAGUUAAAGUAUUUGCAUACGGCGUAGAAUCGUAUGUCUCCGAGCCAGAGAAUAUACGGUAUCCGCUGGGGACUCGUCUGUCCUGCAGCGGGGCAGCGGCUGGGGAAGCCCGGUGGUCUACUGGUGAAAGAUUCUACAGGCAUCUGCGCAACGUUAGCGUUGAUGGCGAAACUGGCCGACCAAGUAUAGAGUUUACUCCUGACGGUGAACUUAAAGCAGCAGAAUUGAAAAUAAUGAAUCUUCGUCCAGCCAUAGGCGAGCAGUUGGUAUGGGAAGAAAUAGGAACGUGGAAUUCUUAUCCGCGUGAGAGACUUAUAAUUAAGGAUAUAGUGUGGCCAGGUGGAUUACACACUCCACCACAGGGAGUGCCAGAGAAAUUUCAUAUGCGCAUUACAUUUCUGGAAGAGCCACCGUACAUAAAUUUAGCGCCACCAGAUCCUGUUAGCGGACGAUGUUCCCUAGAUCGGGGCGUUAUAUGUCGCGUGGCACCAGAAGUGGAAGUAGCUGGUUUGGAGGCGGGAGCAGCUCAUGGGAACAGUUCAUUGUAUCAGUGCUGCAGCGGUUUCUGCAUAGAUCUUCUCCAACAACUAGCGGAACAGCUUGGAUUUACGUAUGAACUGGUGCGCGUUGAAGAUGGCCGCUGGGGUACCCUACACCAAGGAAAAUGGAAUGGCCUUAUAGCCGAUCUAGUUAACAAAAAAACUGACAUGGUAUUAACAUCAUUAAUUAUAAAUUCAGACCGAGAAGCUGUUGUGGAUUUUAGUGUACCUUUUAUGGAAACGGGUGUCGCCAUUGUGGUGGCGAAACGAACGGGUAUCAUUUCUCCAACAGCUUUCUUAGAGCCAUUCGAUACUGCAUCUUGGAUGCUUGUGGGUGCCGUCGCCAUUCAAGCGGCGACGUUCUCCAUAUUCUUUUUUGAGUGGUUAUCACCGAGUGGAUUUGAUUGUUCUACUGGCAAUAAUUCAAAGCGUGUGCCACAGAAUCGCUUUUCUCUGUGUCGAACGUAUUGGAUUGUUUGGGCAGUGCUAUUCCAGGCAUCAGUACACGUCGAUUCCCCUCGAGGAUUUACAGCAAGAUUUAUGACAAAUAUGUGGGCGAUGUUUGCAGUGGUAUUUCUUGCCAUUUAUACUGCUAACUUGGCCGCGUUCAUGAUCACGCGGGAGGAGUUCCAUGAACUAAGCGGCUUAGAUGAUCCUCGGAUAGCGCGGCCACUAACCCAGCGGCCGCCGCUGAAGUUUGGUACAGUGCCGUGGUCUCAUACAGACGCCACACUCGCUAAAUACUUCACUGAACCUCAUGCAUAUAUGAGUCGAUAUAAUCGAAGUACUGUAAGUGCGGGCGUCACAGGCGUACUUACUGCUGAAUUAGAUGCUUUUAUUUACGAUGGCACUGUACUAGAUUAUUUAGUAUCACAAGACGAGGAUUGCAGACUUUUAACUGUAGGGUCUUGGUACGCCAUGACUGGAUACGGACUAGCAUUUACACGUAAUUCAAAAUAUGUUAGUAUGUUUAAUAAAAGAUUACUCGAUUUAAGAGCAAAUGGUGACCUCGAAAGAUUACGAAGGUACUGGAUGACAGGUACAUGUAAGCCUAAUAAACAAGAACACAAGUCAUCAGAUCCCUUGGCUUUAGAACAAUUCUUGUCAGCAUUUCUGUUGUUGAUGGCUGGCAUUCUGCUCGCGGCGCUGCUGCUGCUGCUAGAGCAUGUUUACUUCCGUUACCUGCGCUCACACCUUGCUGCCUCCAGCGCGGGCUCCUGUUGUGCCCUAGUGUCUUUGUCUAUGGGACAAUCACUUACAUUCCAUGGGGCCGUUGUGGAGGCAGCGGCGCGUGGGUAUGGAGGUCGGAGUCAUUGUCGCUCCGCUGUUUGUGCCGCCCAGGUGUGGCGAGCGCGGCAUGAGCGUGACAUGGCGGUAGCGCGGGCGCGGCAGUUGGCGGCAGCGCUGGCAGCGCACGGCCUGGCAGCGCCUCCUCGCCGCCUCGCCUCUGCCGGCGAGCUGCUGGCAGGCGGCAAGGCACAUGACGCCACGCACGUGCGUACGCUAAGGCCGCCUGCCGACCUGCUCCCAGACCUCGAUCGUCCGCUCUCUUGCGGAGAUUUACGUGCGAGAGAACGGACACGAGUAGAAAUGGAAACAGUGCUGUGA